GAAGCAUGUAUAUAUUGAAGCAAAACCCUAAUUUCACUUCACUUUCUCCCUCUUUGUUGCAGUUCCUCUUCUCUCUCCAACCAUGGCUCCGAAGAAAGAUAGUAAGGCUCCACCGCCUUCAUCAAAACCAGCUAAAUCUGGUGGAAAGCAGAAGAAGAAGAAGUGGAGCAAGGGAAAGCAAAAGGAAAAGGUGAACAACUUGGUGUUGUUCGAUAACGCUACCUUCGACAAGCUUGUCUCUGAAGCUGCCAAACAAAAGGUCAUCACUGCUGCUACUCUCUCCGAGCGUUUCAGGAUCAACGGUUCUUUGGCAAGGAGGGCCAUCAGUGAGCUCCUCUCCAGAGGAACUAUCAAGAUGGUGGCACACCACUCCAGCCUCCAGAUCUACACAAGGGCAACGAACGAGAAAGUUCAAGCUGCUGCUUGAUGCUUUUUAAAGAUAUCUCAUAGUUGCUGGCUAGUUUUUGUGAUGAUUUUGUAGGAUAAUUUUCUUUUAAGACACUGUUUUGUUUUGACAGUUGAACCAUGUAUGCCAAGUGCUUGAGAAUGCAAUUUUUCGACUACAAAAUGUUCUUGAUUUAUUUUUGAUGUUAUGUUUCUUGUUGCA